GCUUGCGUCACGUGACGUAGGCGGAAGUGUGGCCACGUCGUCAGCAGGGAGGAGAGGAGGAAUCGGAGAAACAGGAAGCUGCUCGUUCAGAGCCCUGCAACACUUUUCUCCAUGGCCGAGUUCCCGAAAGUAUCAAAGCUGUCCAGUCAGCACCAGAAGCCUGUCGGGUUGGUUUUGCAAUAUGGCACCGCCGGCUUCAGGACCAACGCCAAACUGCUGGACCACAUCAUGUUCAGGAUGGGACUUCUGGCCACGCUCCGCUCCAAGAAGACCAAGGCCACCAUUGGAGUGAUGGUCACUGCAUCCCACAACCCAGAGGAGGACAAUGGGGUGAAGCUGGUCGACCCCAUGGGAGAGAUGGUGACACCGGCGUGGGAGGGCUAUGCCACACAGCUGGCCAACGCAGAGCAGGACGAUUUACUCACUGCUUUGAAAGACAUUAUAGAGAAAGAGGCCAUAAACAUGAGCCAGGGGGCAAAUGUGUUUGUGGGCAAAGACACCAGGAGCAGUAGUGCCGCUCUUUCACAGGCAGUUCUGGAUGGAGUGAGUGCUCUCGAUGGUCACAGCAAAGACUACGGUUUGGUGACCACUCCGCAGCUCCACUACAUGGUUUGCUGUCAGAACACACAGGGGAAAUAUGGAGAUGCCACCGUGGAAGGAUACUACCACAAACUGUGCCAGGCCUUCAUUCAGCUCACUAAGAAUGCGUCCAACUGCACUGAUGACCAGAAGCACCUCUCUGUGGAUGGCGCUAAUGGCAUUGGUGCUCUGAAGUUGCGAGAGAUGGAGAGUCGCCUGAAGAGGGAGCUGCAGAUUUCUCUCUUCAACGACGGCAGCAAAGGAAAGCUCAACCACCAAUGUGGAGCCGAUUUCGUCAAAGUGCAGCAAAAACCUCCAACAGGUUUAACGAUUAACCCGGGGGAGCGUGGUUGUUCCUUUGACGGCGACGCUGACCGAAUCGUUUAUUACUACACGGACUCUGAGGGACAGUUUCACCUGCUGGAUGGAGACAAGAUCGCUACUCUCAUCAGCACUUACCUCAAAGAGCUGCUCACACAGGCUGGUUUAGACUUGAAGAUAGCAGUGGUCCAGACCGCUUACGCUAACGGCAGCUCAACACACUAUCUGGAGAACACUAUGAAGUUAAUAGUAAGAUGUGCUAAAACUGGAGUGAAGCACCUUCAUCAUGCAGCCCAGGAGUUUGACAUUGGCGUGUACUUUGAGGCCAACGGUCACGGAACUGUGUUGUUCAGUAAAGCGGCUGAAGAGAAGAUCCAGCAGCUCACUGAGGACCCCAACACCAACGACGAGAGGAAGAGAGCAGCCCUCCUGCUGCAGAGCACUAUUAACGUCAUUAACCAGACUGUAGGUGAUGCGAUUUCUGACAUGCUGCUGAUUGAAGCCAUAUUAACCAUCAAGGGUAUGACUGUCCAGCAGUGGGACGCGAUCUACAGUGACCUGCCAAACAGGCAGCUUAAAGUCAAGGUAUCUGACCGCAGAGUGAUAGACACGACGGACGCAGAGAGGCGGGCAGUGAGCCCAGCAGGGCUGCAGGAGGCCAUCGACAGUUUAGUGAAGAAAUACAAACAGGCCCGUUCCUUUGUGCGACCCUCCGGCACCGAGGAUGUGGUCAGAGUUUACGCUGAGGCAGAAACACAGGAGAGUACCGAUGCCCUCGCACAUGAAGUCAGCCUCGCUGUUUAUCGCCUGGCGGGGGGAGUGGGAGAUGAACCCAAACCAUUGCACUAGACACACACCUACACCCAUCAGCCACAAGAUUGAUAGGUAUAGAUAUUGAUCCACGUUUUAAUAGGUGCUUUUUGAAAGGAAUCUCAGUUGAUAAUGUUUUUAUAAAGCUGUGAUAUAUCAAAACAAUCUUAUUUGGUGAGGUGCCAAAUUAGUUCGUACUGCAGAUUGCACUUGGUAAUUCACUUUACUCUCUUUUUAUUUGAUAUUUGUCAUUGUGAAAGUGGGAAACACUGGUAGAGACAAUGAAGGGAUUUUAUGCAACUUUAGGUAAAACACUUGACUUGUUAUUGUAUCUCCAGCAGGCAACCAUGUACCUAAUUAUGGGUUUCUAUGUAAGCUAAUAUAAAUAAUCAACUUAACCAUAUAUAUAUCAUGUAAUUAACACAUGUGUUGUCGAGAGAGUUUCAGUUAACCAUUGGUUAUAGCCUCCUAAUAAAUCAAAUCUUUCAGAAUAA